AUGUCGCAGCUCGCUAUGCCUUUGCUGGUUGUUAAUCUAGGCUGCGAAAUGGUCUACAUUCUUGAACAGCGCUUGAAAGCUCAAAACAUCCCAACGGAUAAGAGCUGCAAGGUUCUUAACGAUGUGAUCAAGACCAUGUUCGACUCGGAAUACAUAGACAAGCUCUUUGCACCUCAAGACAUGUACACGGUAUCCCAAACAAGGAAAAUCUUUGAUCGCCUUGCCCAUUCAAGCAUCAUGAGGCUGAGCGAGUCCAGCAUGGACAAAUUGUUUGACCUGAUGCUGAUGGGGUUCAAGUACCAGCUCCUCUGCUCCACCAAUCUUGACCAGAUGUUGGAGGUGACCCUCCUGCACCUGGCCACCAUGCGCACCAUCAUCGAGUCCCUGCCCGACCAAUCUUCCGCAGCCCUCAUCGGCACGGUGGAGGCGCUGGCGGUCAAGACGUUCGAGGGGCUGCCUGCGGGGCAGCUGCACCUCCUCAGGCAUACCCUGCUCAGGUUCUUCCAAGAUAAGAGAGUCAAGGUGUCGCUAUUCUUGCAGGAGGGUAUUCAAUCCUCCAUGGGCCGCAUCAUCCUGCCCUCCCCGCACAAGGACUAUGUGGGCACGGUCACCACGUACUCCAUGUCGGGAGCGCUGGAGGAACAGGAAAAGUUCAAAGUCAAGAGCGCCGCGACCAGACCAAUUGACCGUCAGGAGUUUUUCGUACACCCCGCCCCUCUGGGUACGAACCUGUACAACAAGGAGCGGCCCAAGGUGGUACCCCCCCCUCGGAAGGGGGAUGCGAUCACGGGGCCCCUCAAGCCCGAGGAGGACUACAAGACGAUGGCUGGUGAGGAGUAUUCGGACCGGGGGCUCCGCGGCAGCCUGGGGGGGGCCUCGGAGUUCGCGUACCUGUCCGCCUUGCUCAAGGUCAAGGCACCCGCCGUGGACAACUUCAAGCUCAACCUGUUCGGGGAUGACGACCUAGUGGGAGCUGAUCCGUCUCCUGUCGUGGCUACACGGAAGGUGUCCAACAUCGCGUUCACUGCCGCCAAGAACGACCAGCACCUCAGUGACGUGAUGAAGAGCAUGAAGGUGUCGGAAGGCGGGCCGGGAAAGGGCAAGGGAGGCGACGGGGAGGACUUGCUGGACCUCAUGGACAACGCGUAA